AAGUUUGAACAUCCCUUCGUGAAUCGGUCUACAGUCUAUGCCCUCUUGACAGUUACCUAGCGUUGUCGAAUCGAAUGUCGUAUUUACUUGAAUAAACAACGUUUUGCAAACAUUUAACAUUAUCAAUAAAAAAAUUGUUUUGUGCAAUAAUAAUGAUUAAAAUAAACUAGAAAUUAUAAAUUAAAAAAUAUUUUUAGUAAGUUAAUUGGUCAAAACACGGAUCUGAAAAUUACACUCAGGAACAGGUGUUUUUGAUAGAAAAGUGUGUUGCUGUUCCCAUCGUAAUUAUUUGUUUACUGUGUUGUGAAUAAUAUAAAAGUGUAUCGAUCCAGUGUAUAUUACAUUACCCAUAUAUAGUGGUGUUUUCAAUGACAAAAGUGAUAUAAUUUAAUAAAGGUGCAUGUACUUUGAAAACUCGCUACCGGUUCUUACUAAACGCUAUGAAGUGUAGCUAUAGGACAGUGUUUUAUCAAAGGUGAUGAUGUUUUUCAAGGUUUUUUUAUGGUGUGCAGCGUUAUGAGGUGCAAAUUAAGGUGAAAGUGAGCCGUGGCUAGCAUGCCACAUCAGUACGGCGCGGGCGCUGGUGGGUUGGGCGGGCGCCCACCAUCCCCGCCGCCGCAGCCAGGUGCCUUGUACCCGCGCUAUGCCGCAGCAGCGGGACCUGGCGCCGGCGCCUAUCGCCCCGAAGAACGCCGCCUUACUAGAGAAGCUAUGGAGAGAUAUCUCCGGGACCGUUCAGAUAUGGUUGUGGUUAUCCUACAUGCUAAAGUAGCUCAAAAAUCCUAUGGUAAUGAGAAAAGGUUCUUUUGUCCGCCUCCCUGUAUCUAUCUGUUUGGUGAUGGAUGGAGACUGAGAAGGGAAAGAAUGCUCAGAGAAGGUGAAACUGAGCAAGCAUCACAGCUUUGUGCAUUUAUUGGCAUAGGUAACUCAGACCAGGAUAUGCAGCAGCUAGAUUUAAAUAAUGGAAAACAGUACUGUGCUGCUAAAACCUUGUACAUAUCAGAUUCAGAUAAGAGAAAACAUUUUAUGUUGUCUGUCAAAAUGUUUUAUGGCAAUGGUCAUGAUAUUGGUAUUUUUAAUAGUAAGAGGAUAAAAGUUAUUUCUAAGCCGUCUAAAAAGAAACAAUCAUUAAAGAAUGCUGAUUUAUGUAUAGCGAGUGGUACAAAAGUUGCCCUGUUUAAUAGAUUAAGGUCACAGACUGUCUCAACAAGAUAUCUGCAUGUAGAAAAUGGCAAUUUUCAUGCAUCCUCUACACAGUGGGGCGCUUUUACAAUUCAUUUAUUAGAUGAUAAUGAGAGUGAAUCAGAAGAGUUUGCUGUCAGAGAUGGCUAUGUACAUUAUGGUUCAACGGUGAAGCUGGUAUGCUCUGUGACAGGCAUGGCAUUGCCUAGAUUAAUAAUAAGAAAGGUAGACAAACAGAUGGCUUUGCUAGAGGCCGAUGACCCUGUCUCACAACUACAUAAAUGUGCAUUUUAUAUGAAGGACACUGAGAGGAUGUACCUUUGUUUAUCACAAGAAAGAAUCAUACAGUUUCAAGCAACUCCAUGCCCCAAAGAACCAAAUAAAGAAAUGAUAAAUGAUGGAGCCUGCUGGACUAUUAUAUCAACUGAUAAGGCGGAAUAUCAGUUUUAUGAGGGAAUGGGGCCAGUAAGGUCUCCAGUAACACCUGUUCCGCUUGUCCACUCAUUGAAUCUAAAUGGUGGCGGAGACGUAGCCAUGUUAGAACUCGCCGGUGACAACUUCACGCCGUCUUUGCAAGUGUGGUUCGGAGACGUGGAAGCAGAGACAAUGUACCGAUGCGCUGAGUCAAUGCUUUGCGUAGUGCCGGAUAUAUCGCAGUUCAGGGGACAGUGGCUUUGGGUGCGGCAGCCAACUCAGGUACCAGUAUCACUAGUAAGAAACGACGGGAUCAUAUACGCCACUGGCCUAACAUUCACCUACACGCCAGAACCAGGCCCACGGCCGCUCUGCGCGCCAGUAGAUGACGUCAUGAGGCCAGAACAGGCUUGGCACCAUGAAACGCACAGACUACCAGACAACAUUCAAUAACACAGGUUUUCCUGAUGCUGUUCAUCCAAAGAACGUCUGCGGUGAGUGUAGUUUAGUGCCUUGGUUAUUCCAAAACACAAAUAUAAUCUGUCAAAUGUGACAUUGACAUUUUGAUUGUCAAUUGUUUGUGACGUAUUGGAAUAACCUAAGGCUACUGACAAGUUUGUAGGCUGGAGGUUAGCUUAUUUCUAAGACUAAAUCACUUUUAACAGAUUAAGUGACCCACUAACGCCAAAUGAAUUUGUAUGAAAAUGGUCACCUGACAAAUUUUGAGAAAAUAUCAUUACCAUAAUAUAUGAAAUGUUUAUUUUGUCAGUUUGAAAAAAAUGGUAAAGAUCUUUGGCAUAUAGUAAGGCAAAAGUGUAAUCUGUAGAGGGCGUAGAUUAAAAACAAUGUACCAUGCAAAUUAUACGACUGGGACAAGACAAUUCGCCCAGGGAUAAUCUAGCUUCUAAGUGUCGAACACACCUGUCAGUGAGUAAUGUACUUUUAAGGCUGUAUGUUGGUACUUGGCAUUUACCUCUGAGAUUCUUAUGUAAUUUUUAUGUGUAUAAGAGUCGAAUCAAUUUUUGUCUGAGAUGUAUCCGUCACUAGAUAUUAUUUAACAGGUUAUUUUACGCUUAUUUUUGUUGCAAUUUUGUUCAUGUAAACAUAUAGACUGCAGAUAAUAUAAAACGGAAGGCUAAAUGGAAUAAAUUGUUAAAUGGAUGGAAUGGAUGAACACAGACGAGAAAUCUUGUUAUUUGGAAUAAUCCGUAUAAAUUGGUUUCAAAAAUAUUUAUUUUUCCAAAAAAAUCCAGAUAUAAAUCAUUUUCAUACGUUGACGUAUGGAAAUAAUGACUAAAAACGGUCACAGAUUAGUCGAAACCCCUAUGGGUUGUUUUCUUUAUUUAACCUCCUAAUACUAUUUUAUGGACUUUAAUUUUUGACUUUUUUAGACGUUUGUUACGUGAUAAUUGACAACUACAUAUGAUCUGGCGCGACGCCAUCUUGCUUAGCGUUUUGGCGGGAUCUUGAAUUUAUAAAUGUUAAAGCCAGAACAGAAUUAAAAAUAACAAUUUGUUAUCUGUAGUCAAAUAGAUAAUCUGAAUUGGUUUUUAAAUCUUGUUAAAUAGCCCGUAAACGUCCGUUUUACAUACCUCUCGUAUAACACUUAAAAUUAAUAAACCGUUUAAAUUAUUAUACUGAAAUAACCGCUUAACCUUUAUCAUAAAAUCACAGACAAUUAAGAUUAUGAUUAGCAUUAAAAAGAUAAUUGUUAAUGUCUUGAUUUAUAUGAAACCACACCAUGGGAAUAUUUAUAACAAUACAGAUUCAGGCACGAAUUUAAUUUUAAUUAAUUUAUUAAAAGUUUAGUCGGAUGAUACGUUUUUUUGGUUUUAAAUUAUACACAUAAUGAAAUACUGAGUAUUUAGGUAAUUCUAUUGGGCUAAUAGAAGAUGGUAGUCAGAAAUCUUUCUUAGCAAUCAGUAAACUCUUAUGCUCAAAAAGACUAGUUUUGAUUUCUCUCAGGAGUAAAAACUCUUUUCAAAUAGCGUAAGGAAGCGUGUAUAAUAAAUAAAUAAGCGUGUUUUUCAGCCUAAGCCUGAAAUGUAUAAUGAACAUCUGAUACCGUGAUACUUAAAUGUAGUAAAGAUUUUCAAACUAAUCUGUAAACCAAGACUGGAAUUUCUUGAUCAAAUAUUGAUAACUAAAAUAUGUUUGUGUAAAAAUGUGCUGUUUUUUAAAGUUUGUGUUUCUUUAUCAACUUUUUGACUACAUUCAUUAAAAACAAGAUUUACUAUUUCAAUUAGAUUAUAAUUAUUUCGUUGAAACGUAAAAUGUACGUAAGUAAUUACUCGAUUUUUCGUUCCAUUUUGUAUAUACAUUUGUUUUAGUUGUCAUAAGACGAAAGCGCUUGAUUUCAAAGAAAUAUAUUAAUAAUAUUGAAUUAAUUAUCAUAUUAACUCUAAAUGUCAUUGUGCAUGGACACUACAAUUCCAUCAUUUUAAUCUAAUUCUGAUGUGGCAAUGUAGACAAGACUAAAAACGUCUCAAAGGAGUCAAUUAUGAGUUAAAGUAAAUUCAACAGUAUUUAAGUAAUAUACGGAUUUCUUUUAUAUUAGCUAAGUCCAUCCAGUUGAGGUUGGUACACCAGAAUUAGUAUUAUAGGUACAUAUAUUACGUGAUUUAUCGAUUUAACGUAUCCAAUAAAUGAAUGUGACGUAAAGACCUAUUUUUAAAUAUUUUUCGAUGGCUUAAGUUAUACAUGGCUUUUUGAAAAUAGCAUUACUGAUGAUGUUCAGGAAAAUUUAAAUUAGUCGGAUCCAUUAGAAAAUCUGUAAACUACUAAGAUAAGGAAUUAUUAUUUAAUUAAAUUCGCGGUACAAUCGGUAUUGGUAUAACGAUUUCCGAUUAAGUUAUAUUUUCAGUUGGAUUUUAUUACGCAACACUCAGUACUCACACUUUAAUUGUUAAUAAUUGCCUAUAUAUGUCACAGCCAACUAACUAAAUUAGCCGUUCAAUCAGCCUAGCCUCUUAACUAAACAGCGCCAUUGAACUAGCGGCCUGAAAGAUAUUCAGCUAGUUGAUCAAACAGCUAGGCAGACUUCGAUCGUAGACGUUUCAUUACUUGUCUAGCAUGUUGACUGUCAACUCACAACUUCGAAAACAAAACUCUUCCGACUGUCAAUAUUGCGUUGGCAAACCACAACUUUGAUGGUGUUCAAAUUUUACUAAAAAUCAACAAUGGAAGGCUGUAGUGACAAGAGUUAUGUGAAUUUAGCUCUGACCGAUUCAAGCAAUUUAAUUUUUAAACAUAUAUUUUUAUGUCAGAUGCUCUUUUAUUUCUGCUACAUAUAUAUGGUCACUUUAUGGUACGAAUGACCUAAGUAUUAGCCAGUCAGUUUAUUAAAUGUUGUAUCAAAAGCUAAUGCUGAAUAUAUUUGAGGCCGCUGAGUGCGCUAAGGCCGCGUCUUAAACGGCGCUGUGUAGUUAAAAGACUAGGGUGUUAAUUGAACGGCUAAUUAAGCUAGUUGGCUGCGACGUAUACACUAUUUCAAAUUAAUUCUUUGUUAUUUAAUUCCAAAAAACUACUCGAAAUAACAAAGAAUAUAUACAUAAAUAUUUUAUUACGUAUUGAGCGACAGCAAAAGCCUUAUUCAAAUUUAAUUUAUAACAGACAAGAGAUCUUAUGUUAAGAGUCUAUUGUAUUAUCUCCAAAAUAUUUAUGGAUCCGACUAAUUUGGUUCGGCGUAUAUCAUUGUAUGUACAUAUAUUCAAAGACAAGACCAAAGGACAAUUCUUCAGUGCACAAUUAAUUGUCUUUUGUAAUACGUUUAAAUAUCUCAAUUAGUAUUUUAAUUGUAUAGAUUGUAUAAGUUGAAAUGUUUCUGUUAAUUUGUCAGAAGUGAACAAUGUAGUACUAAGUAUAGUGUAGUGACGGAUAGUGGUGAAAUUUUUACAAAAUUACGUAUUGUAUUUAUAUAAGAGUGUGAUUUUGAACAUUCCAUGCGGAAAGUUUUAUAAGAAGUACAAAGUAUAUUCGAUAUUUUUGUAGGAAAAAUUUAAUGGAUUUAUUUGGACGUAGUUUUGAUUUGUAAAGUUGGAUGGAGGUUUUAUGGUGGCUCGGAUAGCUCACGAGCAAGUCAAUCUUUCAAUUAGUUGGAAUUGUACACUGGUGCUGAUUCCAUUUAUGAUGUAGCGACGAACGGUACGAACUACUUAGUAUUUAAACCGGAACCGGAACUAUGUGCCCUAAUACAAAAAUCCGAGCCGUCAAAACCCUUCAUCGAGCUAUCCUGGCAUUUUGGAAUCCGUCGAAGUAUUACAUUCUUAUACCUUUUGGUAUUCAAUCAAGAUUCAGAAAUUGUCAUUCAAACAUGGAUAUUUUAAUAAAUCUGAAUUUGAAAA